CGUGAUCAUCGGGAGAUGAGGCGGUCACACUUAGACGGCACUCACAGAUACCUCUUUGAUAUUGUUGGAUUUCAUCUUGGUAUUGACGCAGCAAGCGUGGAAGAGUUCGCCCUUGAUUGCACCAAGAAUUUCGACCUCCUACAUCAAUUCAUUGCCGAAGACGGAAUUCGUUCCGUUACGUUUUUCUAUCAAGAAGGAGAGGCUCCUGUCAUGGAAGAAUGUGGUCGUAACAUUGCCGGUUAUGCCAAAGGGUCUAAGAUGAUGAAAUUGUUCAUUACGACUGGGACGAAAGAGCGAUUGGACAAUAUGUGUGUCUAUUUCCUCCGCAUGAAAGCAAGUCUGGCUCUCAGUGUGAGAAAUAUUGGAGAGAGUGUAGUAUUUGGUUGUAUCAAUGUGAAGAACGGGACCAGUAUCAUCCCGGGAAUUCAGGGCCAGAUUGAGAAGGUGUUGCAUCCAGCACUCAAGGCUGAGUGUGACUGGGGCCAGCUGACAGACACACAACAGGGCAGAAAGACCAGGAAGGGAUUCCUGGAAAAAUUGUCCAACUUUAUCCACUGUUUGUCAGGUUCCGAGAUGAGCAUAGCUGGUGUGGUGAUGCUGAAGGAGUGUGAGACAGUGAAUCUGGAUGGCGUCCGCACUGCCUCGGAUUGCGUGACGGCCUCGGCGAACCCCGAGAUCGUCUGUCAGCUAGAGGAGCUGGUUACAGUGUGGUGUAAGCAGAUUAAACAGGUGCUUGCAGAGAGUGAUCAGAUGAGGAAGGAGGCUGAUGACACAGGACCGCUGGCCGAGCUUGAGCACUGGCGCCAGCUCACAGCAAGGUUUAACUCCAUCUUGGAACAAAUCAAGGGGCAUCAUUGUAAAAUGGUCAUCAAUAUCUUGAAUGCUGCAAAAUCAAAGGUUAUCAAGCUUUGGAAGGAGAUAGAUGGGCGCAUCACCGACUCCGCCAAUGAGGCACGUGACAAUGUCAAGUAUCUCUACACGCUGGAGAAGUUCUGUGAACCACUUUACAGAUGUGAUCCGAUCACAAUGAUAGAAGGCAUCCCUAGUUUGAUCAAUGCCAUCAGAAUGAUACACAGCAUCUCCAAGUACUACAACACUUCAGAGAGAAUGACAUCACUAUUCAUCAAGGUAACCAACCAGAUGGUGACUGCAUGCAAGAUUUACAUCAGCGAUGAUGGCCUGACGCGUAUUUGGGACCAGCCCCGCCAGCAGCUCAUCAAGAAGCUGGAAGCAUGUCUCAACUUAUUCAAGGAGUACCAGAUUGCGUUCCAGAAAGCCAAGAAGAAGAUUGAGCUUACACCUGGAGAGAGACCAUUUGAUUUCUCUGAGAUGUACAUCUUUGGGAAAUUCGAGGCGUUCUGUAAGAGGAUUGAGAAGAUUAUUGACCUGCUCGAGACUAUCGAGUCCUACACUGUUUUGAGUGACUGUCGUAUCGAAGGCAUCGACCCGAUACUGAUCAAAUUCCAGGCCAUAUUCGCCAACGUGAAAAAGAAACCCUAUGAUGUCCUCGAUCAUCGCAAACUUGACCUGGACAUGGAUUACGCAGAUUUCAAGACGCAGAUGACUAAUCUUGAUGUCCUGCUGCUGAAUUUCAUGGACAACUGCUUUGCCAAGACGACUUCCUGUAUGCAUUCUCUCAAGUUAUUAGCAAGAUUUGAGAAGCUAAAACUAAAGAGCCUGGAGCAUUCCCUAGAAGAGAAAUACUGCAUGGUGUUCCAACAUCUUGGCCUGGAGAUUGAAAUCAUCAAGAAGAUCUAUGGCAAGUGGAAGGAUGACCCACCGAUCACUCGAGGCUAUCCACCUGUUGCAGGAAAGAUAGCUUGGGCCAGGCAGCUCAGUAGGAGAGUUCAGGAGCCCAUGGAAAUAUUCAUGAAACGGCCCUAUGUAUUGAGAGGAGAUGGAGCACGGCAUACUAUCCGAGGAUACAACCGGCUCUGCCAGGUCUUGAUGGAGUUUGAGAUACUCUACCAUCGAGCAUGGAUCGAGUCUGUGGAGACCAUCAAAGAAGUUCUUGAAGUGCCAGUCCUAGUGAAACAUCCCGAGACAGGGGAGUUGUUCUGCAACUUUGACUUGGUAGUGAAUGAGGUGUUCAAAGAGGCCGACUGCAUCAUGAAGCUUGAACUAGAGGUGCCGCGCCAGGCCCUCGUCCUCUGCCACAUGCGCGAGAAGCUGAAUGACAAUCACGGCCAGCUACAGCUCGUGUUGGAAGAGAAUAAGACUGUGAGGAGCAGGAUACCGAAUAUCUUCAUCCCAUUGAUGGCUUCAAGUCUUGCAAAGGUUGACGCCGCGAUCAGACCCGGUCUCCUGUCACUGACUUGGAGUUCCCUGUCCUUGCCGGGCUACAUCCGCAGUGUGAGGGCUAGCCUGAAAGAACUCAGCAUCCUCAUCAAGCAGAUUGAUGACCUCAAGACCACGCACAUCGAUAAAGUCCUCGAGGACAUGGGUAGCACAAUGCUGUGUGACUUGCCUGACAAGACUCCGUGGUCCACCCAUUACUUCCUGGAGAGAACUAAGAAAAACUGUGAGGAGUGUUCUGUGGAUAUGGAAAACAUGAGUUGUAAGAUUGAGAAAGCCGUCAACGAGCUUAUCAGCAUCUUCACCGAGAAGGCUAAUCUGCCUCAGCCCAUCGAGACGGUGCCAGAAUUCGAACAAGACGGAGAGAUGACGUUUGGCAUCCCAGGGUCACAAGAAGAUGACGAGGUCUUCUCCUCCAACUCUGGCAUCAUGCAGACCUCAGCUGGGGUGAACAUGGAGGUCAGCGCUGAACAGCUACUGAGAGAGGAAUGUGAGCAACUCUUCAAUCAUUUCAACCACAAGAACCUCGAUGCCAUACUUCGGGCGACGAAACUCUCACUUGAUCUCAUCAGGAAGAAGGUCUUCUUUACAGGGCAAAGGAAUAUUGUCAAGUCCACCAUGUAUGGUUCGAAGAAGAAAAAAGAGAAAAUGCCAUGCUUUGAGGCAGCAGUCACACUGCAGAUUCCAAACGUCGUGAUGCAGCCAAGCCUUGAUGAUAUUCAACAGACCCUGAACAAGGCCACCCAACACGUCCUUGGGGUGAUGCAGCCAAGCCUUGAUGAUAUUCAACAGACCCUGAACAAGGCCACCCAACACGUCCUUGGGGUGAUGCAGCCAAGCCUUGAUGAUAUUCAACAGACCCUGAACAAGGCCACCCAACACGUCCUUGGGGUGAGCCGUGGUAUUGCUCAGUGGGGCCAGGAGCGUCCCGCUACACCUGAGGCAACCAUUGAAGACAAAGGACAUAAGCAUAGUCACAAGCAUGAACACCACCCUGAUCCUCUGCUGGGGUUGAACCUGCCUCAGGUGAAGAAUUACUACAAGAGUAUUGCCGAUCACAAGGACAUUGCCAAAAUCGUCAUGAUGCUCACGUCCGCUGUCAACUCAUUCAGACAGGACAUCACCAAUGCUCUUGAGCGUUUCAGCGAAUAUGAAUACCUAUGGGACAAUGACCGAGAGGAGGCUGUGAAGCAGUUCGUGGCUACCGAUCCCAUCUUGUCUGAAUUCAAAGCGGAGAUUCUCCGCUAUGAUGCCCUUGGAAAGGAAAUUGAAGAGCUCCCAAAAGCACAGAUUGUUGGUGCCAUUAACCUGGAUAUUGCUCCCCUGAAGAACGCUCUUGGUGUUGAAGCACGUGCCUGGGAGGUCCUCUUCGCCCGCCAACUCAACCUAGAGUACAAGAAGAAAUUGGAUGACAUUGUGGAUUAUGUGGAAGACAACUCAAUGAAGUUGGCACGUCCAAUCAAGGACUUGGAAGAUGUCCGCCACGCGAUGGCAGCAUUAGAUGACAUCCGCCAGAAUCAGAUUCGUAUCGAUAUGGUUCUUGGCCCGAUCGAGGAGACUUACGCAAUGCUUCAGAAAUUCCAAGUGAAUGUUGCCAUUGAGGAAAUCAACAAAGUGGAUUCGCUUAGAUAUUCAUUUGGUAGAUUACUGAGCAGAGCGGGCCAAGUUCAGAGUGAGCUUGUGGCGAUUCAGCCAAAGUUCAAGACGCGUCUGCUCGAGUCCGUUGAAACGUUCCAUCACGAAGUGAGCGACUACACCACAGAGUAUGACAGUGAUGGCCCAAUGGCUGAAGGCAUCGCUCCACAGGAAGCUAGCGACAGGCUCAAUGUAGCACUGGGGCGCUUCAAUGAUCUCUGGAGAAACUUCCAGACCUACUCUGCUGGGGAGGAGUUGUUUGGCCUACCAUCGACUGACUACCCUGACCUCACCAGGAUCAAGAAGGAGUUGAACCUUCUCCAGAAGCUCUACGGUCUCUAUAACACCGUCAUGGCCAGCAUCAAUGGUUACUAUGACAUCCUCUGGACCGAAGUCGACAUUGAAAAAAUCAACAAUGAUCUGCUUGAUUUUCAAAACAGGUGCCGCAAGCUCCCCAAAGCAAUGAAGGACUGGCAAGCUUACCUAGACUUGAAGAAUAAAAUAGAUGACUUCAAUGAGAGUUGUCCCCUCCUUGAGAUGAUGGCCAACAAGGCAAUGAAGGAACGCCACUGGGACAGGAUUGCUAAGACCACCAGUCACACGUUCGACUUUGAGUCGGACGGUUUUGCUUUGAGAAACAUCAUGGAGGCUCCUCUACUCGCACACAAGGAGGACAUCGAGGACAUCGCCAUCUCUGCCGUGAAAGAGAAGGACAUUGAGGCCAAGCUGAAGCAAGUGAUAGCUGAGUGGAAUAACCAGAACCUUGGCUUCGCUCAGUUCAAGGCUCGGGGAGAGCUGCUGCUGAAGGGAGCUGAGACGUCGGAGAUUGUCAGCGUCAUGGAGGACAGCUUGAUGGUGCUGGGAUCCCUGCUCAGCAACAGGUACAAUGCUCCAUUCAAGAAGACGAUCCAGCAAUGGGUCCAGCAGCUGUCUAACUCAUCAGACAUCAUUGAGAACUGGAUGAUCGUACAGAAUCUCUGGGUCUAUCUCGAGGCUGUCUUUGUGGGUGGUGAUAUCGCCAAGCAGUUGCCAAAGGAAGCCAAACGGUUCCAAAACAUCGACAAGUCUUGGGUGAAGAUCAUGACACGUGCUCAUGAAGUACCGAACGUCGUGACAUGUUGUGUUGGUGAUGAGACCAUGGGUCAACUCCUACCUCACUUGCUGGAACAGCUUGAGGUCUGUCAGAAAUCACUCACGGGGUACCUUGAAGGCAAGAGGUUGAUCUUCCCCCGAUUCUUCUUCAUCUCUGACCCGGCCCUGCUAGAGAUCCUUGGUCAGGCAAGUGACUCACAUACCAUCCAAUCUCAUCUCCUUGGAGUGUUUGAGAACGUUAAUGAAGUCGAGUUUGAUCAGAAAGAUUACGAUAAGAUUCUGUCUGUCGUGUCCAGAGAGGGAGAGAAAGUACCGCUGGAGAAGCCAGUCAGGGCACAAGGCAACGUGGAGCUAUGGCUAGGAGAGCUACUCGAUCAGCAACAGAGAUCCCUGCAUGCCGUCAUCAGACAGGCCUAUCACGCCGUAAAUGAACCCAACUUCGAAAUGCUCAGUUUCUUUGCUGAUUACCCAGCUCAGGUCGGCCUCCUUGGCAUUCAGAUGCUGUGGACGCGAGAUGCGGAGGAAGCUCUCUGCAAUGCUCGCAGCGAUAAGAAGAUCAUGCCGACGACUAACCAGCGCUUCCUUGAAAUCCUCAACUCGAUGAUCGAACAGACGACGCUUGACUUGGCAAAGUUUGAGCGUAUCAAGUACGAGACCCUCAUCACCAUCCAUGUGCAUCAGAGGGAUAUCUUUGAUGAUCUGGUGAGAAUGCACAUCAAGAACCCUCUUGACUUUGAGUGGUUGAAGCAAGCGAGGUUCUACUUCAAAGAGGACACAGACACCUGUAACGUCAGCAUCACUGAUGUGGACCAUGUCUACCAGAAUGAGUUCCUGGGAUGUACCGACAGGCUGGUCAUCACACCCCUUACCGACAGGUGUUACAUCACAUUGGCCCAGGCGUUGGGGAUGGCGAUGGGAGGUGCACCAGCCGGUCCAGCCGGGACGGGCAAGACGGAGACCACCAAAGACAUGGGGAAAGCCCUCGGCAAAUACGUGGUCGUCUUCAACUGUUCGGAUCAGAUGGACUUCAGAGGAUUAGGAAGAAUCUACAAAGGCCUUGCCCAGUCUGGCUCCUGGGGCUGCUUUGACGAGUUCAACAGAAUUGACCUGCCUGUCCUCUCUGUGGCUGCUCAACAAAUCCACAUUGUAUUGACAGCCAAGAAGGAGAGGAAGACCAACUUCCUUUUCUCUGAUGGAGAUAACGUUGAUAUGAACCCAGAGUUUGGUCUCUUCAUCACCAUGAAUCCUGGUUAUGCCGGUCGUCAGGAGCUGCCCGAGAACCUGAAGGUCCAGUUUCGUACCGUGGCCAUGAUGGUACCCGACAGACAGAUCAUCAUGAGGGUCAAGCUCGCCAGUUGCGGUUUCCAAGAUAACAUCAUCCUGGCGCAGAAGUUCUACACCCUCUAUAAGCUGUGUGAGGAGCAGCUCUCUAAACAAGUGCAUUACGACUUUGGGUUGAGGAAUAUUCUGUCCGUGUUGAGGACUCUCGGGGCUCAGAAGAGAGCUCGGCCAGAGGAGACCGAGUCCACUAUCGUCAUGAGGGUACUCAGGGACAUGAAUCUCUCCAAGCUGGUGGAUGAGGAUGAACCUCUCUUCCUGAGUUUGAUCGGCGAUCUGUUCCCAGGCAUUCAGCUGGACAAUUCUUCCUAUGAUGAACUCCAGGUGGCGAUUGGAAACCAAGUGGAUGCUGUGAAGCUGGUCAAUCACCCGGCAUGGAACCUCAAGCUUGUCCAGUUGUAUGAGACCCAGAUUGUCCGCCACGGAAUGAUGACCCUAGGACCCAGCGGAGCAGGCAAGAGCGUUUGUAUCAAUAUCCUCUUGAAGGCCAUGACGGACUGCGGUGUUCCACACAAGGAGCUACGGAUGAACCCCAAGGCUAUCACAGCACCACAGAUGUUUGGUAGGCUUGAUGUAGCGACCAACGAUUGGACUGAUGGCAUCUUUUCAACACUGUGGAGGAGGACACUCAAGUCUAAGAAAGGUGAUCAUGUCUGGAUUGUCCUAGACGGCCCGGUCGACGCCAUCUGGAUCGAGAACUUGAACUCGGUGCUCGAUGACAACAAGACACUGACCCUGGCUAACGGCGAUCGUAUCCCGAUGGCUCCGAACUGUAAGGUGGUGUUUGAGGUCCACAACAUUGACAACGCUUCUCCGGCUACCGUCUCCAGGAACGGCAUGGUCUAUAUGAGUUCGUCUGCUCUUGACUGGCGACCCAUUCUCAGGGGUUGGCUGAACAGCAGAAGUGCUUCGGAAUCGGACGUCCUACAGAACUUGUACGAUCAGAUAUUCGAUGAUCUCUACAACUUUGUGUGGCAGAAUCUCUCGCCGAAGAUGGAUUCACUCCAGUGUAAUCAGAUUAGGCAGUCGUGUGACCUUCUCGAGGGGCUGAUCCCUCAUAAAGAGGACAAGGGCACCGUGUCAGCAGCUCACCUCCAACGCCUGUUCAUCUUCGCGUUGAUGUGGAGCAUCGGUGCUCUCCUUGAGUUGGACGACAGAGCAAAGAUGGAGGGCUUCCUGAAGGAGCAUGAGAGUCAGCUUGACCUGCCCAAGGUCAAUGAAGGAGAGACGAUAUUUGAGUACAUGGUCAGUGAGAGCGGUGAGUGGCAGCACUGGAACGAGAGGGUCGAGGAGUACAUCUACCCGAGUGAUUCAGUGCCUGACUUCGCCUCGAUCCUGGUACCGAACGUCGACAACGUCCGCACAAACUUCUUGAUCGAGACCAUCUCCAAACAGAGCAAAGCUGUGCUGCUGAUUGGUGAACAAGGCACAGCUAAAACUGUCAUGAUUAAAGGCUACAUGGCAAAGUAUGAUCCAGACGCUCACCUCGGCAAGAGCUUCAACUUCUCCUCGGCCAGUACCCCUAUGAUGUUCCAGCGGACAGUUGAGAGUUACGUGGACAAGAGGAUGGGAUCGACCUAUGGACCACCCGGUGGCAGGAAGAUGACGGUCUUUGUGGAUGAUAUCAACAUGCCCGUCGUCAACGAAUGGGGAGAUCAGGUGACGAAUGAGAUCACAAGACAGAUGAUGGAGAUGAAGGGCAUGUACAGCUUGGAGAAACCAGGAGACUUCACCCACAUUGCUGACUUACAGUUCAUAGCAGCCAUGAUUCAACCAGGGGGAGGUAGGAACGACAUCCCACAGAGGUUAAAGAGGCAGUUCUGUGUAUUCAACUGCAGUUUACCAUCGAACAACUCUAUCGAUAAAGUGUUUGGCAUCAUUGGUGAGGGUUACUUCUGUCCUGAGAGAGGCUUCAAUGAGGAGAUUGGAGAUAUCGUCAAGAAGCUUGUCCCCCUUACAAGGAUUCUCUGGCAGCAGACAAAGGUGAAGAUGCUUCCCACGCCAGCCAAGUUCCACUACAUCUUCAACCUGCGAGAUCUGUCGCGUGUGUGGGAGGGCAUCCUCAAGAUCAAGUCCGAAGAGUGCCGGACGAUCGAGACAUUCCUGGCCUUGUGGAGGCACGAGUGUACAAGGGUCAUAGCUGAUAGAUUCACUAACCCUGAAGACACAAAAUGGUUCACGUCUGCCUGUGCCAAUGUGAUCAGAGAUAAUCUUGGAGACGAGAUGCAUGCUAGGCUACAUGAGGAGCCCUACUUCGUUGACUUUCUGCGGGACGCUCCGGAGCCAACUGGGGAUGAACCGGAGGAUACUGACUUUGAUAUGCCCAAGAUAUACGAACAGAUUCCUGACUACAAUUAUCUGAAUGAUCGUCUGCUGAUGUUCAUGUCGUCUUACAAUGACACAGUGAGAGGUGCUCACAUGGACCUGGUUUUCUUCAAAGAUGCCAUGGUGCAUCUGGUCAAGGUUUCACGCAUCAUUCGAACAGCCCGAGGUAAUGCACUGCUCGUUGGCGUGGGUGGGUCCGGCAAGCAGUCAUUGACAAGGCUGGCAUCGUUCAUCGCUGGAUACAAGAUAUUCCAGAUUACACUCACAAGAUCGUACAAUGUGAGUAAUCUGAUGGACGACCUGAAGUUCCUCUACCGUGUGGCUGGUGCUGAUGGCCAGGGUAUCACAUUCAUCUUCACAGAUAAUGAAAUCAAGGAUGAAGCGUUCUUGGAGUAUCUCAAUAAUGUGCUUAGUUCUGGUGAGGUCUCUAACCUGUUUGCCCGUGAUGAACUGGAUGAGAUCACCCAGGAGCUGAUCUCAGUCAUGAAGAAGGAGUACCCACGACAUCCACCCACUCAGGAGAAUCUCUAUGAUUACUUCAUCACCCGUGCCAGGACAAACCUUCAUGUGGUACUCUGCUUCUCCCCGGUAGGAGAGAAGUUCAGGAACCGAGCUCUGAAGUUCCCUGGUCUCAUCUCCGGGUGUACCAUGGACUGGUUCAGCAGGUGGCCACGUGAUGCCUUGGUAGCAGUAUCCAAUCACUUCCUCUCGGCAUACCAUAUCGUCUGCUCGGAUAAAACCAAGAAGAAUCUGGUUGGGCUGAUGGGAUCAGUCCAUGACAAUGUUGCUAACACCUGUGUGGACUAUUUUCAGAGGUAUCGUCGCCAGACGCACGUCACCCCCAAGUCCUACCUCUCCUUCAUCGACGGUUACAAGUCGAUCUACACGGAGAAACACGAAGAGAUCGGUGAACUUGCUCGCAGGAUGAACACGGGUUUGGACAAGUUGUUGGAGGCCAGCGCAUCUGUGGAACAACUCAGUAAAGAACUGGCUGUCAAGGAGGUCGAGUUGCAAGUAGCCAGUAAGAAGGCUGAUGAGGUGUUGCGUGAGGUGACCCAGAAGGCCCAGGCCGCUGAGACCGUCAAGGCAGCAGUGCAGAAGGUCAAAGACAGAGCACAGAAACUGGUCGAUGAGAUCAACUCGGAGAAAUCAUUUGCUGAGGCAAAGUUGGAGGCAGCUAAACCUGCCCUUCAGGAGGCAGAGACUGCUCUCCAGACUAUCAAAGCAGCUGACAUCUCUACUGUGAGGAAGCUGGGUAAACCACCUCAUCUCAUCCAGCGAAUCAUGGACUGUGUGCUCAUCCUCUUCAAGAAGAGAGUCGAUCCAGUCACCAUGGACCCUGAUAGGCCAUGUAUUAAACCUUCAUGGGGAGAGUCCCUCAAGCUGAUGAGUGGCAGUGGGUUCUUAUCAUCCCUGCAGACCUUCGCCAAAGAUACCAUCAACGAGGAGACGGUUGAACUGUUAGCUCCAUACCUCGCCAUGGAAGAUUAUAACCUGGAGACAGCCAAGAAAGUGUGUGGUCAGGUGGCCGGUCUAUGUGCAUGGACGUGUGCCAUGGCAGUGUUCUAUGGCAUCAAUAAGGAGGUGUUGCCAUUGAAGGCGAAUCUAGCUAUCCAGGCGGGAAAGUUGCACAUUGCCCAAGCAGAGCUGAACAAAGCCCAGGCCCAACUCGAUGAGAAGCAGAAGGAAUUAGAUGUCGUACAAGCCAUGUAUGACUCAGCAAUGAAGGAGAAACAGGAUCUGAUUGACGAUGCUGAGACCUGCAAAAGGAAGAUGAACGCAGCUUCGGCUCUGAUUGGAGGCCUGUCAGGGGAGAAGGUCAGGUGGACUGCACAGAGCAAGGAAUUCAAGGCUCAGAUUGAUAGAUUAGUUGGUGAUGUGCUCCUGUGCACGGGCUUCCUGUCCUACUGUGGCCCAUUCAACCAGGAAUUCAGGAGCAAGCUGCUCGAUGGCUGGCAAACCAACCUGGCCAAAGGAGAAAUUCCUUUCACCAAAGACCUCAAUGUUACAAGCAUGCUCGUUGACGUCCCCACUAUCGGAGAGUGGAAUUUGCAAGGUCUCCCCAACGAUGACCUGUCCAUACAGAAUGGUAUCAUCGUGACCAAGGCGACCAGGUACCCUCUGUUGAUUGACCCGCAGGGACAAGGGAAGGCGUGGAUCAGGAAUCGAGAGAAAGAGAAUGACUUCCAGGUGACGUCUCUGAACCACAAGUACUUUAGGACCCACCUGGAGGAUGCUCUCUCCCUGGGACGGCCACUACUCAUUGAGGAUGUGGAGGAGGAACUCGACCCAGCACUUGAUAACGUCCUUGAGAAGAACUUCAUCAAGUCCGGCUCGACAUUCAAAGUGAAAGUUGGAGACAAGGAAUGUGACGUGUUGGGUGGUUUCUAUCUGUAUAUCACUACGAAGCUUCCUAACCCCUCAUACACACCUGAGAUCAGUGCCCGAACGUCCAUCAUUGAUUUCACUGUUACCAUCAAGGGUCUGGAAGAUCAGUUACUAGGCCGCGUAAUCCUCACAGAGAAACAGGAACUUGAAGCGGAGAGAACCAAACUGAUGGAGGAUGUGACGAGCAACAAGAGAAAGAUGCAGGAGCUGGAGGACAAUCUCCUCUUCAAACUGACCAGCACGCAGGGCUCCCUCGUUGAUGACGAGUCGCUCAUCUCUGUGCUUGCCACCACGAAGGAGACGGCUGCUGAGGUGUCGGAGAAGCUGGUGGUCGCUGCUGAUACAGAGAUUAAGAUCAAUAAAGCUAGAGAGGAAUUCAGGCCAGUCGCGACGCGCGGCAGCAUCCUGUAUUUCUUGAUCUGUGAGAUGAGCAUGGUCAACUGCAUGUACCAGGUUUCCCUCAAACAGUUCUUGGGAGUAUUUGAUUUGUCCAUGCACAAAUCUGAGAAAUCUCCUGUCACUGCCAAGCGUAUCCACAACAUCAUUGAGUUCUUGACGUACGAGGUGUUCUGCUACGCGUGUCGUGGCCUCUAUGAGAAUCACAAGUUCCUGUUCACCAUGCUGCUUACUCUCAAGAUCGAGUUGAAUAAGGGUAACAUCAGACAUGAAGAGUUCCAGGGUCUGAUCAAAGGAGGCGCUGCUCUAGAUCUGAACGCUGUUCAACCCAAACCCUGCAAAUGGAUCUUGGAUAUGACUUGGCUCAACUUGGUUGAACUCAGCAAGCUGCCACAAUUCAGGGACAUCCUCAGACAGAUUCCACUGAGUGAGAGGGUAUGGAAAGCUUGGUUUGACAAGGACGCACCAGAGGAAGAGGUCAUCCCUGACGGCUACUCAAGCUCACUCGAUACAUUUAGGAAGCUACUUCUCAUAAGGUCAUGGUGUCCCGACAGAACGAUUGCCCAGGCCAGGAAGUACAUCGCUUCAUCAAUGGGAGACAGAUAUGCUGAUCCGGUCAUACUCAAUCUGGAGGUGAUGUUUGGCGAGAGUGACACACGGACUCCUCUUGUCUGCUUGCUAUCAAUGGGUUCAGAUCCGACCAGUCAGAUUGAGUUAUUGGCCAAGAAGUUACACGUUGAUUGCCGCGCUAUUUCCAUGGGACAGGGCCAAGAGGUGCAUGCCAGGAAACUCGUGGCCAACUUUGGACAAACUGGAGGCUGGGCGCUGCUACAGAAUUGUCACUUGGGUCUGGACUUCAUGGAGGAACUCCUAGACAUCCUCAGCGAAACGGAAAACUUCAAUGAAAACUUCAGAGUGUGGAUUACGACUGAGGUUCACCCCCACUUUCCCAUCAGUCUCCUACAGGUGUCGAUCAAAUUCACGAACGAGCCACCUCAGGGGAUCAAAGCUGGCCUGAAGAGGACGUACACUGGAAUCAGUCAAGAUUUCCUCGACAUCAGCAACAUGCACCAGUGGAAGCCUAUGUUGUAUGGCGUCUCAUUCCUACACACUGUAGUUCAGGAGAGAAGGAAGUUUGGUCCCCUUGGUUGGAAUAUUCCGUACGAGUUUAACUCAUCUGAUUGGGGGUCGAGCGUCCAGUUCUGUCAGAAUCACCUGGAUGAUUUGGAUCCUAAGAAGGGUGUGUCGUGGAGCACUGUGCGUUACAUGCUCGGGGAAGUACAGUAUGGUGGCAGGGUCACUGACGACUACGACAAAAGACUGCUCAAUACGUUUUCCAAGGUGUGGUUUGGUGAGAAUAUGUUCCAGGAGUCGUUCGCCUUCUACACGGGUUACAAGAUCCCCAAGUUUAAGACUCUCAAAGAGAACAUGGCCUUCAUUGAAGAGCUUCCACUCGUUGACUCCCCUGAAGCGUUCGGCCUCCACCCGAAUGCUGAUAUUACGUACCAGAGUAAUAUGGCGGCAGAAGUCCUCGAGUCGAUUAUGAGUAUCCAGCCCAAGGACAGCGGUGGUGGGUCUGGCGAGACCAGGGAGACUGUCGUUUAUAAAUUAGCUGAUGACAUGCUUGAGAAACUGCCUGUGGAUUAUUUGCCACAUGAGGUCAAAGAUCGUCUGAGGAAGAUGGGUGUCCUGCAACCUCUUAACAUCUUCCUGAAACAGGAAAUCGACAGAAUGCAGCGUGUCAUCGCGAAUGUGAGGAUAACAUUGAUAGAUCUGAAACUGGCGAUUGAGGGAACAAUUAUCAUGAGUGAGAAUCUGCGUGAAGCCCUUGACAGUAUGUUUGACGCUCGCGUCCCCGAGAUGUGGAGGAAGACAUCGUGGGAGUCGAGCACUCUUGGUUUCUGGUUCACUGAGCUCCUCGAAAGGAAUGAGCAGUUCUCCAAGUGGAUAUUUGAAGGAAGGCCCACAGUCUUCUGGAUGACGGGAUUCUUCAAUCCUCAGGGUUUCCUGACUGCCAUGAGACAGGAGGUGACGCGUGCUCACAAAGGCUGGGCCCUCGAUUCAGUCACACUCCACAACGAGGUGCUCCGGGCUAACAGGGAGGACAUAUCAUCACCACCGUCUGAAGGCGUAUACAUCUACGGCCUAUUCCUGGACGGUGCGGGCUGGGACCGCAAGAACUCACGUCUUAUUGAGCCGUCUCCUAAGGUGUUAUUCACCAUGUUACCCGUGGUACACAUGUACGCCAUCAACUCGACUGCCCCAAAAGAUCCCAAACUCUACCAGUGCCCAGUCUACAAGAAGCCGCGUAGGACAGACCUGACCUACAUCAGUUUCAUUGUGUUGAAGACGCUGGUCAGCCCAGAUCAUUGGACACUUCGUGGUGCCGCUGCUCUCUGUGACAUCAAGUAGAUUUGAUUAUCAACAAAUAAACAAGAUCUUUAGGAUGUGGACUGGUG